AUGUGUUCCUCAGCUUUCCUUGGAAGUCCCUGUGGCUUGAAGGAGCUCUGUCUUGUUGCUGCAGGUGGUGUUUCAUUUGUUAGUGAAGACAUAGAAGGGUUAAAUCACCUUCUCUACUUAUUUUACCUGAAUUCCAGUUAUCGGUCCUGUGUGGGGACUCUGAUUGCCCCUCAGUGGGUGUUGACGGCUGCACACUGCUUCUUACCAGAUCUUUGGGUCAUCUUUCAUGAUAGUUCCGCAAAUCUUCGAGACUUUCAUGGGGAGAUUUUACCUUAUGAGAAGAUCAUUGUUCACCCAAACUUCACUGCCACCUCUCCUAAAAAUGACCUCAUGCUGAUAAAGUUGUCUGUACCUUUCACUUUCUUCUCCACCAAUAUGUUUCAGUUGCCUACUCUCAAGAAUGCAGUUAAAGAUUGCUUGAUUCACACCUGGUUACAGACUAAAGACUUUAUUGGAAAUUCACAUAGUAAGCUGCAAAGUGUCACGGCUCAAUUGAACUUUAAUGUAAACUGCAAAAAAAUACUGGGUGAAAAACUCCUUGAAGACAUGUUCUGUAUGGGACCCACGCUAGGAAGUCAGGAUCACUGCCAGGUGGUCACAGCUGCACCAGCCAUAUGUGGCGGUGAAUUACAAGGGAUUUUGUCUUGGGAAACCGGAUGUAUUCUAACAGGAUACAUUGUUGUCUUCACUGACCUACACAGCUACGUGCCAUGGAUCAAGAACAUUAUUUCUACAAAAUAA